AUGUUCGCCUCGGCCCCACCAGCCGAUUCAGUAGAUGAAUCUGAUCAAGUAGUUAUGAUGACGCUCUCAAAGUCAUUGAACCAGCUUCAACUACCUUCCAAACGAUACUCGCGUCCAACGACACCAAACAAACUGCACUGUGUACUAGAAGAGUUGACACACGAUCACGCAGUAGAGAUAACCAGCAGACCUCCAUCAACUUUUUCAAUGGAAGUCAAAUACAUAACAGGAGGCGAGAUUAACGUCUUAGGCCUACUCACCAUAACGCUUUCCAACGUCACAUUUGACCCAAUCAAUUUGCCGACGAACGAGGAAGAAGUUUACCCCGGUAUGAACCUUGCCAUUGACCUAAUUAAAUCGCGCAUGUCAUUGGCUGAUCAGUUGAUGAGUGCCAACAUCGAGAACAGCCUGCCAUUAAGAUUGUGUAGGAGCAUAUCCUUCUACGAAAGUCCACUUGAAAUGAUAAGCGACGACUUUGCUGAGGAAGAAGUGAACAGCAACGACCUUACAGCACGCAGAGGUGUCGCCGAUGGUGGUGACGAUGUGGCGAAUGUUGGUAGCGUAAAAGAUGGCGAUCACCGUCACGAUCUGGGAGUUUCGCUGCGUCUCAAAAUGGAUGGAACAAACAACGCAAGCACAUUAGCAAUUAGAAAACUAAGUUCUCAACAUUUUUAA